AUGAAGGGUCAGAAAUCUUCGUUUUCUGUAGAUCCUUUGGUGCAUAUGGUAUGCUCUCCAUUACGACAGGACUUGUCGACACAUCAUUUACUUCCCAGAGAAUUAAUGGGAAAAUUUCCUGCCAUGCGCAAUCGUGUAAAUCUUCGACUGCUUCCUCUUGCUGAUGAACAGCAUCCUCUUUUCAGUCGUCAUGUGUCGAUCUACUGCAAGCUUUCAAAAUCACAUUUACAACCUUCUUCCAAAAAGAUUUUUAAAAGAUGGAAUAUGGAAUUAAAACAGGCCGGAAAUCCUUCGACCUUGCACUUUCUUCAAUCCCAGCUGGAGUCUUCUCUCAGCCGUCUCAUACCAUCGCAAGAAGAACAGGAGAGCCAAGGAUGGAUUCAUCAACCAGACUUUGAUGGUUGUCAUUUACAUGUCCUAAACACAAAGAGUGUUCCUACUGGACUUUGGAUUCAAUGGAAGUUUGACGAUUUAACCUCUGAGCAAGAGCAUACGAAAAAGCAACUGCAAAGCCAAUAUCCUCAAAAACCGUACUUACCAAUCUACAAGACAAUUUUACUAAACACUUAUGAAAAAAAAUUGGCACGUUUCUUUCCAGAACAUACAACUUAUACAUUUCUUCCUAUUUGUCCAUCGACUACAAAACUCGGCAUAAUAUUAUGGAGAUUAUUGUUUUUACAUGAAGAAUGGAAAUUUACUUGA